AUGACUACCGCAACAUCGGAAACCACGCGCCUCCAUAUCACCCCUUUUACCCCAGAUCUUGUAUCUGCUGUCAUACCAGCAUCCGUCCGGCCGUCAGCAGUAGAUCUCUCUUUUCAUUGCAUUCCAACAUUCCCCGAGAACAACUACGGUUACGUGACACUUCCGACGAUGGAGGCCGACAAGAUCAAAAAGAAGCUCAAUGGCUCAAUUCUGAAAGGCAAGAAGUUCAAGGUGGAGGUUGCGCGGUCACCGAAGAAAGUAGAGGUGGAUGACGAACCGGCGACCACUGCUGCAUCUGCCCCGAAGCCUACAUCUGAGAAAAAGUCAAAGAAGCGAAAGGCCAACGAUGAUGUCCUUGAUGGAUACGAGCUUCCCGCGGACCGCAAAGUAAAACGAGGGUGGACCGAAUCGGCGACUACCAAGAAAGAUCGACGCAAGGAUGAGAAGAAGAGGAAGGGAAAGGAUGAAAAGAAGGCAAAGCCACAAGCAAAGUCCAAGUACACCGAAAAAUCAGAAUGCUUGUUCCGGACCAACAUACCGAAAAACCGAUCAGACUCUCCCGAUGAAAAGCAAGAAAAACAAGCCAAGAAGAAGAAGAAGUCUUCGGAGGAAUCCGUCGUUCAUGAGUUUGCCAAAACUGUGACACACCCUAGCUUCUUACGGACAAAAGAGGAUGGGGCCGCAACUACCUCGACCUUUGAGGAAGGGAAAGGCUGGGUAGACUCCGCAGGGAAUCUGAAGGAACCGGCCAGUGAUCGUGUGAGAAAAAAUCCAGAUAGGCCGGGAAAGGUUGCAGGCGCUAAGGAGAAGCGAAAACCUUUUAAGGUUCCCGCAACCGUGCAGAAAGAGCAGGCUCAAAAGUCCAAGGGAGACCAGGAAGAUUCCGCGGAUGAAUCCGAAGAUUGGACAUCAUCCAGUGGCUCGAGCUCAUCUGACGACAGCACAGAUUCUGACAGCGAAGACAGUGCGUCUUCCACAUCUUUCCAGUCCGAGGUUUCUUCCAGCGAAGAGGAACAGCGGCAAUCACAGUCAUCAUCCACGGAUGAACAGGCGUCUUCUCCCAGUAAGCCUGAUUUACCGGCGGCGGUAUUGGAUGGCGGUGCCCCACGUGCGCAAACAAACCAAGAAGCAAUUUCCAAAGAAGUCCAUCCCCUGGAGGCUCUUUUCAAGCGGUCUGCUCCUGAAUCCUCUGAGAGCAAUCCCGCCCCGGAAGGAAACGCACAAUUCAGCUUUUUCGGGCAGGACGACAUCGAGUCCGAGGAAGAUGAGGUACAGCAGCCUCAUGAGCCACAGACCCCUUUCACGAAAAAAGAUCUACUCAAUCGAGAGUUGAGGAGCGCAGCUCCAACUCCAGACACUGCUCACGUCGGUCGAACCAUCAACUGGAAGAGUACAGAUCCCAACAUGAUGGAUAUAGACGAAGUAGCUGAAAGCAGCCCUAUCUCCAAGCCGGGAGCCGGUUCAAAGGAGGAAUCAGAUUUUACCAAAUGGUUCUGGGAGAACCGUGGAGACAACAACCGUGCUUGGAAGAAGAGGCGACGCGAUGCUGCCAAGGAACAGAGACAAAGGGAGAAUCGGAGGAAAGCGCCAGCAUCAUUCUGCAAAUGCACAUGCUUUACCAAUAGCACAAUUAUACCUCUGGACUCCCCAAACCCUGAAGCGACUCCGGCGACCAACACCUUCGAACUCCGCAUCCGCAACAUUCUUUUUGAAAACAAUGAUUCGCAGAACGAGAAAAGAGCCAGCAAUUAUCGCUCGCUGACAUGCAACGAUUGCAAUCGCAAGUUUUGCUUGGAUUACGAUCUACCCAUGUGUAAAGGCGCAAAGGAGGAUGACGUCUUUACCACUUGUUUUCAGAGAGAUUCUAAGAAAGACCAGGCCAUUGUGUUCAUCUUCAUCAUUGCGACCAGUGGUCUUUUGGCGUGGGCUGCUUGCAAGCCGUGGGUAGAAAAGUGGCUAGAGGUGUACAGUCUUCUGAACCAUAGGAAGUCGACGGUUAUGAGGACCGCUCACAUCAGAAUGUAG